GGUUGGUGGGACAGUGUAGCUUGCUCAUACAUACAAGAGCACUGCAUCACACCAAAGUACUGCUUAUUACGACAUGCGUCAGCAAUACAUUCACGUUCAGAGUGAAGGACAAAGAGAUGAGAGCGCAGCCUGUGUGGUUGCCUGCAAAGGGAGACGCGAGAAAGAGAGAAAAAGAAAUAAAUUGUUCCAGAAGACAGAGGUUUCUGCUGCAGCUGUUAAGUCACUGGCCAACAAAGACGUUAUUAACAGGACAAAAGACUAAAAAAACUGCCACAACUCACUACCUCAAAACAAGGAUAUCACAAGAAAUACAGUGGGAGGAGAAAAGGAUCUUUAUUUCCUUCUGUUAUGAUGCUAAUUCUGCCAACAUUUUAAAAAAAAGGCUCAUCACUGAAGAUUUUCAUUUCAUCAGUGAGAGAGAGCGCUCUCCAACAAUCUUUUCCUCCUCCAAUCGCCUCCCCCCUCCCCUUGGAGCAAUCAACGGAUUAUUGCUAACUGUGCGGGAGGCAGCCUGCAGCUGCUGCGUCUACUGGUGGAGAACUGGCUAGUUAAGCUGCUGACUGCAAUAUGCUGCUUGUAGCUGUUUUUAAAUCAGCCGACUCUGGCAGAGAGGAGAGUGAAAUAGAUUAGAGAGCAAAGCUACCACCAAGAAAGAGGCUGGUAACAGCAGUAGAGAGGUGGGGGAAAAAAAAGACAGGCGAAGUGCUCUACACAAAGCAGAGUGCUUGGAUGCUUUAAUCGGAGAUGGAGCUCACUCGACAGCUUUCUCAACUCCGAGGACAAAAACCACGACUGUUGAUGGCGCUGCUCUCUGGGGCAGAGAGGAUGCAUGCACCUGCGUAGCCGAUUGGGCCUCACCUCUGUUGGUCCCUUCUACUUACUGGUUUGGAUUUAUUAGGAGCCAUUUUGUGAAUCCUUUGUUUUUUAAGGAAGAGAAGGAGAAGUAGCACUAGUAUCUAGUGCAUGAAAACCAGGGACUGCACUUUUGUAGAGGUAACUGUGCAUCACACCUGGAAUGCUGCCCUGGUUCUUCUUGUCUACCUCACGGUACGGAUGUGGAGUAUAUGCGAAGCAUCAAACAGAGAACAGAGUUGCCCAGAAAUCUGCUCCUGCAGUAAUCACUUCAGUAAAGUCGUCUGCACUCGCCGUGGACUAAAAGAGGUCCCUCAAGGGAUCCCUUCUAAUACCCGGUACCUCAAUCUCAUGGAAAACAACAUCCAGCUUAUCAAGGCAGACACCUUUCGACAUCUGUACCACAUGGAGGUCUUACAGCUCGGCCGGAAUUCCAUCCGGCAAAUAGAGGUUGGUGCAUUUAAUGGACUGACUAGCCUUAACACACUGGAGUUGUUUGAGAAUAGACUGACUGUGAUACCAAGUGGCGCAUUCGAGUCCUUUUCAAAACUGCGUGAAUUGUGGCUCAGGAACAAUCCCAUUGAAAGCAUUCCAUCAUAUGCUUUUAACAGGGUGCCAUCACUGCUGCGCCUGGAUCUGGGGGAACUUAGAAAACUAGAAUACAUUUUGGAUGGUGCUUUUGAGGGCUUAAUUAACUUAAAAUACCUUAACCUGGGGAUGUGUAACCUGAAGGACAUGCCAAAUCUCACACCACUGGUGAGAUUAGAAGAGCUGGAAAUGUCCAGUAACCAUUUCCCUGCAAUUAAACCAGGAUCAUUUCAGGGGCUUAAAUCGUUAAAAAAGCUCUGGCUUAUGAAUUCGCAAGUCAAUCUGAUUGAGCGGAAUGCCUUUGAUGACCUCACUGCACUAGUGGAACUAAAUCUGGCCCACAAUAACCUUACUUCACUGCCACAUGAUCUGUUUGCACCACUGAGAUACCUGGUGGAGUUGCACUUACACCACAACCCAUGGAAUUGCGAUUGCGAUAUCCUCUGGCUCACCUGGUGGCUGCGAGAGUACAUCCCUACAAACUCUACCUGCUGUGGCCGGUGCCACUCCCCGCUUCACAUGAGGGGAAAAUACUUGACCGAAGUAGAACAAGGCACUUUCCAAUGCUCACGACCGGUUAUACUGGAGCCACCACAGAACCUAAACAUCUCUGAAGGGAGAACGGCCAAACUGAAAUGUCGAACGUCCUCCAUGUCAUCCGUAAGGUGGUUGUUGCCAAACAACACAGUAUUGAGUCAUGGCUCAACACAUCCCCGUAUGUCUGUAUUUAACAAUGGAACCCUAUACUUCUUGCACGUUUUAAUAACAGAUGCUGGUAACUACAAAUGUACGGUCACCAACGUGGCAGGGAACGCUGAUGCAUCUGCCUUCCUGAGAGUUAGCAUGGCAGAGAUCAACACGUCAAAUUACACCUACUUCUCCACAGUUACCGUGGAAACAACACCAGAAACCGUCAGGACUAAAGUUCCGCCGUUUCUGUCGACGCCACCCACUUACAAGCCAGCGUUCAUCUCCACUCCCACGGUGCUACUGCAGAGCACGAGGAGUCCCAAAACAGUGGUGGCGGUCCCUACACUGGCUGCCAUGGACACGACUCGCACCAGCCUAGAUGAAGUCAUGAAAACCACAAAAAUCAUCAUCGGUUGUUUUGUGGCGGUAACACUGCUGGCAGCUGCCAUGCUCAUAGUGUUUUACAAACUUCGCAAGCGGCACCAACAACGGAGCACGGUGGCGGCAGCCAGGACUACAGAGAUCAUUAACAUGGAGGAGGAUCUCACGCCAUCCGAAGGAGCUGUUGUCGUACCCUCGGUUCACGACCACAUGAACUAUAACACAUACAAACCAGCACAUGGGGCUCACUGGACAGAGAACAGCCUGGGUAACUCGCUCAACACCACAAUACCUGAGCCCUUUAUUAUACAGACACAUACCAAGGAAAAGGUUCAGGAGACUCAGAUCUGACCUGUACAUUAUAUAUGUAUGUAAUAUAUACAAUAUAUAUAUAAUAUAUAUAUAAUAUGUAAUAUACAUAUGUGUAUAUAUAAUAUAUAUAUAUAUAUGCAAUAGAAUGCACAAGUUGUCAGAAUUUUGUAAAAAGUGCAGAACCCAAGACUGUUUUCUUGUAUAUGCUUAUAUCAGAGCAACCAUGGCUGAUUAAAAAAGUGAUUAUAUAUAUAAAAAAAUAAACUAUUUUCUAACCUGUAACUUAUAUGUUUAAGAAGAGAAAGCUGUUCAAGACGCUUUCAUGACUUUGGAAAAAAAAUGGGCCGAACCAGUUUAAAAGGGCAUUCUGUAAUUUUUAAAGCCAGUGCUAUGAGGAUGCAGUCAAACAUAUUUAUAUGGAAAUUCUUUCUAAGCCCAAUAUCAGACUUUACAGGUUUAUCUUGUAAAAGCACCAAUUUGUACUGUGCCAAAAUGUUAA